UUCAUUGUUCUCUGUUCUUCUUCUUUAAACAACAAAUUAUUUUCCUUUAACGCGUAAGCUUAUAAUGGAGGGAAGAUAAGGGAACAAUAAUAGUAUUAGUAAGGGAGGAAAAUGGUGUUAAAAUUUGUGAAAGAUGAUGAUUUGGUGGAGAUGAGCAUGAUAAUCGCUCAUAGAGGUCCCUCUUCAUCUCGAUUCCUCGAUGCUUAUCCCAAAAGGGUUUUGAUGGAGGGGAGAUCAUGUGGUGAUUGAUAUGAUGAUGAAGGUGUUCAUAAGAUUGUUAUUUAGUUGAAUUCUUUGGUUUUUUGGGGGUAACAAUGGAAAAAUUUAAUCCACCAGCAACAGUACUUACCUUCUCCGAUCGGAUAAUAUGAAAUGGGAGAUUCUUUGCUCACAGCUUUGUCAAUGGAGAAUCACCACCCUUCCACUCUCUUAUCUAUGGAUUCAAGUGCUUCCUCUCAUGAUGAAUUGGAUUUGGAAAUGAAUAGGCAAGUUGUUCUUUCUCGGCCGCCCGAUAUUAAUUUGCCUCUCUCCGCCGAGCGCAGCCCUCCCCUGCAGCACUGGAACUCCGACCAGUGUGAUAUUUUGGAUGUUGGUCUUAGUUCGCAAGCUUAUGAGACUGAGAGCUACCUUGCUGCACCCAAAACGGGACGGAAGUUUGCCAAACGGGUCGAUAGUAUAUGGGGUGCUUGGUUGUUAUUUAGUUUUUACUUUAAGCCUGCUUUGAAUGAAAAAUCAAAGGGCAAGAUUAUUCGCGAUAGCAACGGUGUUUCUGGUUUUGAUAAGUCAGAUCUUAAGUUGGAUAUUUUUAUGGUUCAGCACGAUAUGGAGAAUAUAUACAUGUGGGUUUUCAAGGAGAGACCCGAGAAUGCACUAGGUAAGAUGCAGCUCAGAAGCUACAUGAAUGGCCAUUCUCGCCAAGGAGAGCUACCAUUUCCGUUUAGUGUGGAUAAGGGAUUCGUCCGUUCACACAGGAUGCAACGGAAGCAUUACAGAGGAUUGUCAAACCCCCAGUGUGUACACGGGAUCGAGGUUGUUUCAUCGCCAAAUCUCAUGGCUCUCAGUGAGGAAGAUCAGAAAAGGUGGAUGGAGCUUACUGGAAGGGAUAUAAACUUUACAAUUCCACCCGAAGCUAGCGAUUUCAGCUCAUGGAGGAACCUUCCAAACACAGAUUUUGAGCUCGAGAGGCAUGUUCCUCCCCCUUCAAUAAAGAGUGUUUCAAAUUCUCACUCAAAAAAGCUGCUUAAUGGAUCUGGCCUUAAUUUGUCAACUCAGCCACCUAGCCAUAGCAAUGGUGAUGGGAUGGAUUUAUCACUCGUCAGCUGCAAAAGGAGGAAAGAACUUUUCCCGCAUGGAAACGAUGAUGAUUGCUAUUUGCCUGUCAUUCGUCCGUCUGACCGAAUUCAAGAUACGGGAAUUCAUCCCAGUGAGCCACACUGGUUGAAUGAUUUUAGUGGGAUAAUGAAGAACUUCUAUGGGCCUGUAACUGCUGCUAAAACCAUCUACGAAGAUGAAGCGGGUUACUUGAUCAUUAUCAGCUUGCCUUUCGUUGAUCUUCAGAGGGUCAAGGUCUCUUGGAGGAACACACUCACUCAUGGUAUCAUAAAGAUAUCUUGUGUGAGCACAUCCGGCAUGCCUUUCAUCAAGAGGCAUGAUCGGACUUUCAAACUCACAGACCCUUCUUCUGAGCAUUGCCCUCCUGGGGAGUUUGUUAGAGAGAUCCCACUGUCAACUCGAAUCCCUGAAGACGCCAACAUAGAAGCAUAUCAUGAUGGCCCAGGAUCUGUCCUUGAAAUUAUGGUGCCGAAACUGAAAGAGGUACCUCAAGAACAUGAAGUACUAGUCUGCCUCCGGCCUAAGCUUGUCGGGAGUGAUCUCAUGUUGACAUGAAGUAGGGAUUUGCAGAAGAAUUAUAGAAAAGGUAGAUGCUGUGAUUUUGGUGCUUUCAUUGCUUUUACUGACUAUGUAUCAUACAGUGUAAUAUAUGGAAC